UGUGUGGAGUUACCUGGUUCACUCUGUUCUCCCAAGUUCAUGCAGUGAUGAUGUCGCUGUUCCUGUGCUGUUGCUUCUAGUAUCCUCUUAAGUUCCUGGGCGAUGCUAUGCCUGUUCACAGCAGCUGUCUGUCUACAUGGCACACUGCAUGUUGCGUGGGCUGCCGGCCCUGAGAUGAGAAAUGUUCCCUCAGAAGCGAUGGUGUCAUUUGAAGAUGUGGCUGUGAACUUCACAUGGCAGGAGUGGCGGUACCUGAGUGAAGCUCAGAGGACCCUGUACUGGGAUGUGAUGCUGGAGACCUGCAAUCACCUAGUGUCCCUAGGGCACUGUGUUACCGAUCCUGAGGAGAGCAUCAGGUCGGAGCAGGGAUUACAGCCGUGGACUGUGGACGUUCCCCCAAACCAGGACCUCUCAGAUGUCCAUACUGUGGAUCACCUGACUCAGGACAGCCCUGCAAAUCAGGGCAGACAUGUGUGGCAAGUUCUUACCACCAGCAGCAAAAUACCAUCCAACGAGAGUUGA